CUUUUAGCGGCGGUUCGUAAAGCAGGCAAGUAUUCCCAGAAUUUCUGUACCGAUUGUUGAAUGUGAACAUUUGAAACUUUUCUAAAUACGAAACCAUUCACGUUCACAUUUCACAAUUACACCAUCAUCCUUCAAAUACCAUUCUAAGCAAUAGCUAAAAGCAACUUCCAUACAAGAUGUCGAAGGAACAUACCUCUUUGCCAAUGCAAUCUUUGGCUGUGGAUGAUAAACAUGAUCCUAUCUCAGGUCAUGCAUCUCCAAACGCUCAUCAAGCCACUCACAAUAACGGUUCACAAAAUGGUCUACUACCCGGCGGAAAUAACAAAGCACAAUCACCUGAACGUAAAAUUCAUCCUGCAAUCAUCAUUUGCAUUUGGAUCGCAAUGAGCUCAACUGUGAUCGUGUACAACAAGUACAUCUUGGACAACACAACCGGAUUAAACUUCCGUUUCCCAGUCUUCCUCACUACCUUCCACAUGGCUUUCUCAACUGUCGGUACCCGUGUUCUUGCAAGAUACACUCAUCUCUUGGAUGGUUUAGCAAACGUAGAGGUCACACCUGAAAGAUGGUACCGCAACAUCUUGCCAAUCGGUGCCCUUUUCUCCGCUUCUUUGGUCACUUCUAACGCUGCUUACUUGUACUUGAGUGUCAGCUUCAUUCAAAUGUUGAAGGCCUUCAUGCCUGUUGCAGUGUUGUUCAUUUCUUUCGCAUUCGGUUUGAAACAACCCUCCGGUACUCUUAUUUCGAUCGUUUGCCUGAUCUCAUUCGGUGUAGCAACUGCUUCGUAUGGUGAGGUUGAUUUCGUUUUGGUCGGUUUCGUUGCACAAGUUUUAGCAAUCGCAUUUGAAUCAUCAAGAUUGGUGAUGGUACAAGUUUUAUUGCAAGGAUUAAAGAUGGAUCCUUUGGUCAGUCUUUAUUACUUUGCACCCGUUUGUGCAGCAAUCAACUUUGUUCUUUUGAUCUUCACCGAAGGAUUAGAACCAUUUUUGGAAUUGUACCGAUUGGGUCCUUUUAUCCUCCUAACGAAUGCAGGUGUCGCUUUCGGUCUAAACAUCACUGCCGUCUUCUUGAUCGGUGCUGCAUCUUCGCUUGUCUUGACACUUUCUGGUGUCAUUAAAGAUAUCCUACUGAUCGUUGGUAGUGUGAUCAUCUUUGGAUCUUCAAUUACCGCUCUGCAAGUGUUUGGAUAUGCAAUCGCUUUGGGUGGAUUGGUUUUGUUCAAGCUCAAGGGUUAAGCAGAGAGAUGAACAAAUCUUUCAGUGUAUCUCGAGAUUAUGUCGACAGAACGUGGCUCAAAGCAUCAACUCUUUGUCGAUUCACAUUGCCGGCUUCUGUAGCGUAAAGGACGAAAUAAAUCUGGUAUACUUUGCCUUUCAUCAAUCUCGACAAUCAACACACCCCCUUAUCGCCCUCAAUAUCUUUCACUUCUUUUGCAACUCAUUAAUUGAAUCUCAUAGACUCCUUUGCCUCAAACUUCCUCUCCUCACAACCUUUUCCAAACUCAAUCAACUGGAUUUGAAAACGCUGUAUGUAUUCUUCCACAUAAUGUGACGAUUGUACUUUCUUUCUUCUUUAAACGUAUACACAUAAUGCUCAACUCGAUUGAGCUCGAAAUCAAUAUCGUCAAAU